AUGAAGGCAGGCAAUGAGAUCCUGGGUGUGACGGGAGCCAGCAACGAAACUGCCCUUCGAUUGCUGAUGGCUCGCACGGGCUUUCCCAUCGAACAGAGGCCAGGAACGGGUCAGCGCAUUUACGGACCCCCUCCCGUCGGCCAUCCGUUGAGGGAUAUAGGAGAGCCCGGAAGAGGAUGCGAAGUUUUUGUCGGUAAGAUACCACGUGAUUGUUACGAAGACGAACUGAUUCCUGUUUUAGAGAGAUGCGGUCCGGUGUACGAACUACGCAUGAUGAUGGAUUUUGUGGGGACCAACCGAGGUUUCUGCUUCGUCACCUUCAUCGACAACAACUCGGCCAGGAGGGCUGUCAAAGAAUUGAACGAUUACGAAAUAAGGAAAGGCAGGAAGAUUGGAGUCUGCCCCAGUGUGGACAACUGCAGACUGUUCCUCGGAGGACUCCCCAGAGACAAGCACCGACCUGAAAUUCUGGAAAACAUUUCCAAGCUGGUUCCAGGGGUGAGAGACGUCAUCGUGAAGCCAGAUGCAAGAGACAAACAGAAAAACCGAGGAUUCGCAUUUGUUGAGUUCGAAACUCACCACCUGGCCGCCAUGGCUCGUCGGAAACUCGUCAACAAGGGCAUUCGCAUGUGGGAUCAAGUUAUUGCCGUCGAUUGGGCUGAACCGGAACCGGAAGUGGAUCGUGAAAUCAUGGAAAAAGUGAAAAUAUUAUACUUUCGAAACCUGAUGUUACACACGACUGAGAGUACGCUGGAGUUGCUGUGCGCGGAAGUUCUCGGUAGGAACGAUGCCCUGGAGAGGGUGAAGAAGCUGAAAGAUUAUGCCUUCGUGCAUUUCAAGGAGAGGAAGGAUGCUCUUCUUGUUAUGGAGCAAUUAAAUGGUCGUAACGUCGAUGGGGCUGACAUUGAGAUCGUCCUGUCAAAACCAGUGGAAAAGAAACCGGCCAGCAAGGAAGAACAAGCUGUACCCGCUCAUCUCGGGGUUAGUUUUGAUGAUGAUUGA